AUGGCUGAAGUCCCAGAAGAUUUAUAUCCUGGCCCAGAAGAAGAGACGCCGGAACCUGAGACCCCAGGACUGCCCGGACCUCUUAACUUGUCUGAAGAUGCCAAAACAGACUCCGCGGCAGAGGCAAGCCCAGAGCCGCCCUCAGAGAAUGACCAAGAGCCACAGCCAGAAAUUGAGCAAGAGGAUUUCGGAGAGGGGGAGCCGGAGGGUGCUCCGAAUGUCUGGCUACGACCCACCUGGACGCCGGAGGACGACAUUGCCACGGACGCCGAGACGGACUUCUCGAGUGAAACUGAGCCAAGGAUUCCCCGAGAGGUCAAGUCAGACACUACCGGAGAGAUGGAAGAGGAGAUUUUCAAGGAUUUGGAGGUGCUUGCGGAUGGGCACCAUGAGGAGCCCGGGCUGGAGCCACCGGAGGAGGCUAAAUCCGACGUUACAGAGGAUGUAGGCCUGGAGUCAGAUGAGGAUACAGAGCUGUCCUCGGAGGUGCCCGUGGCCACAAUGAGUGGGAAAAUAUUUGAGUUUCUAGAGGAGAUCGGACAGCAGAUACUAGAGGAAUCACUUAGAGAGCAAUUUGAAGAAACUGAUCUGGAGCCUCCAGGGCAGACCAAACCAGAUUUUCUAAGUGAGAAACCAAGAAAAUGGGUUGAAGAGACAGAUCUAGAACCACCCGAGAUGACCGACCCAGAGAUUGCAGAGGAAACCCAAAGAGAGUUUCCAGAGGACAAACCAACAGAGUCAACAGAGACAGUUCCAGAGCCACUAGAAGAGAUCAAAUCAGAGUUUUUCGAGGAAGAAUCAAGGAAACCAAGUCUGGAGCCAUCUGAAGAAUCAGAAGUUCCAGAGGAGACCAGAAGAAACUCAAAUGAGGGAGUGGAAACAAAGCCACCCGAGGCUACUGGUCUAACACCAUUGCAGGAAGUUCAAGAGCAGACACAGAGAAAAUCCCCCAGGCAAGUUCUGGAGCCAACAGAGGACGCCCCAUCAGAGGAUCAAACCAAGAAGCAGACACAGUCAACGGAGGAGAUAGGACUGCCACAGAAGUCCAAAACAGAGGAGACGCUAGGAGACUCUACUGAGGAGACGAGUCUAGAGCCACCAGAACAGAUUAAGCCAGAAUUCCCAGAGAAAGAACCUGGAAAACCAGCUGAGGAAACAGGUCAAGUGCCACCACAGCAAACUGAACCAGAGGCUCAAGAGAAGACAAUAACCAAGCCAGCUGAGGAGAGAAGUCUUGAGUUACCAGAUGAAACCAAACAGAGAGAGACCCGUGUAGACUUUUCCCAGGGAGACAGGUCAGAACCAGUCGCAUCUGGAGACAAGGAUGAGCUAGAGCACCCUGAAAACCUUAAGAAAGACAUUGCAUUAGAAUCUGUCAUAGACAGUGAAGUCAUAUCAGUUACUACAGAUUAUGAAUAUUAUCCAGAACUCCAAAAAGUGGCUCCACCUGAAGAUACCAGUACUCAGUACUCAAGCAUAUAUCCCUCAGAGACUCAGAUUGGAUUUGGAGACCUUACUGAAGAGACUGUAGAUUUGUCCCAAGAGUUGAAGCAACCAGUACCUAAAGGGAAACGAAUCCAGCAUACACAAAGAAUUGUGCCACAAUUUGAUUAUCUUCAGUGGAGCCCAGAGAGGGUUGCAGAGUGGAUUAGUGAGCUAGGCUUCCCUCAAUACAAGGAGUGUUUCACUGCAAACUUCAUCAGUGGCCGAAAACUCAUCCACGUAAACUGCUCAAACCUCCCGCAGAUGGGGAUAACAGAUUUUGAGCACAUGAAGAUAUACUGGUAAAACUACGUCACACCAAACUCUGCUGAUGAACGUUCACGGCAGCUUUAUUGAUGGCAGCUGAAAACCAGAACAAGCCAGAUGUUCUCCAGCAGGUAAAUGGUUAAACGUGAUACAGCCGUGCCGUGGACACUACUCAGUCAUGAAAACAAGCAAAUACAUGGUUUUCUGGGUCAGCAGAUUGAACUGCUGUUUGGGAUGCCUGCAUCCUAUAGUAGAGUGCCAGUUCGAGUCCUGGCUACUCUGCUCCCAGUGUGCCUGGAAGGCAGCAGGCGAUGGUCUGAGCACUUGCGUUCCUGCCACCCACACUGGACACCCAGAUGGAGUUCCUGACCCCUGGCUUUAGCCUGGCUCUGCUUUGACUGUCUGCAGGCACUUGGGAAUGAACUUCUUUCUCUCUCUUCCCUCUCUCUGCCUCUGCCUUUCAAAUAAAAAGAAAAUAAUUUUUCUUGAAAAAGAACAAUGAAGUGAAUUUGAGAAACUGUAAUCAUUAUGAAAAUAUCAAUAUGCCAUGGCCAUCUCUUGCUAACAGUAAAAAAUGAGAACAUUGCUUCUCCAAUUUGAAUAUGCAUAAAUAUCACCUAGAAUAUCUUGUGAAAAUACAGAUUCUGAUUCCAUAGGUCUUGGGUAUCAGAUUCUGCAUUUCUACAGAUGAUGCCUCUGAAUGCCAAGUCGUUUGAAGAGUGAGGCUGUAAGAGGCUUGACUAACACCGGAACUUGUGCCCCAAAAUGUAAUCAUUAUUUCUAAGGCCUAGCACACAGCUGAAGAAGUUAGAUGAAAAUCUCUUAGGUCUUGUUAUUUUUAUUAUAAUAAUAUGAUUGCCAUUAAAUGAGCCAUAAAUAUUCAGGAAGCUAAGAAUAAUCUCACAAAAUAAACCAAAGGAAAGCAGAAAGGAGGUAAUUAUAAGACACAUGAAAAUGCUUGCAUUUUAAAAAGAAUUAACUCAGUAGAAUUAAAUAAAACCAUAAGCUGGUUAUUCUCAAAGAUCAACAAAAUAGACAUGCUUCUAGCAAAUUUAAUCAUGAAAUUUUUUUAAAUGCCUCGGUGGCACCCUGUGUAUUUUUUUUUUUUUUUUUUAGAUUUCUUUAUUUUAUUUGAAAGGCAGAGUUACAGAGAGAGAAGGAGAAACAGAGAGAGAAAAGUCUUCCAUCCACUGGUUCACUCCCCAAAUGGCCACAAUGGCCAGAACUAAGCCAGGAGCUUCCUCCGGGUCCCCCAUGCAGGUGCAGGGGCCCAAGGACUUGGGCCAUCUUCUACUGCUUUCCCAGGCCAUAGCAGAGAGCUGAAUUGGAAGUGGAGAGGCUGAAACUCAAACCAGUGCCCAUAGGGGAUGCCAGCACUUCAGGCGGCAGCUCUGCCCACUAUGCCGCAGCACCAGCCCCCAACCCUGAAAAAAUUUUAAAGCUUAACACAAUGCAAGAUGACAUACAAUCUGAUGAGGUGCUUUUUUAAAAUAAAAUAUAAAAUUAUAACUUUAUACCAAUAAACUUGUAAUCCAGAUACAAAGGCAAUGUGAAAUUGACCCAAGAAAUUGUAAAGCUGAAUAUAUCAUAAACUAGAAAAAUUGGAAAAGCAGUCUAAUUUCAGCCCUCACCUGCCUCCCUGACAGUUGGAUCAAAUCAAUCUACAGUUACAUUCUGUAAGGGAGCUUCCUGGCUGGUAAAGGCAUGGAGGUGCUGGGAGAGUGGUGCCUGGGAGAGGGCAAGCAAGCUCCUAGCACCCCUACCCCACUCCUUGUCCUGUGCAUUCCUGCCACCCACACUGGACACCCAGAUGGAAUUCCUGACCCCUGGCUUUAGCCUGGCUCUGCUUUGACUGUCUGCAGGCACUUGGGGAAUGAACUUCUCUCUUUGUCUCUCUGCCUCUGCCUUUCAAAUAAAAAGAAAAUAAUUUUUCUUGAAAAAGAACUCUGAAGUGAAUUUGAGAAACUGUAAUCACUGUGAAAAUAUUAGUAUAUGCAGAGUCCCAGCAGGAGGGCC